AAGUAAAUUUUCACAAACCCUGAAUGGAAUUCCUUCUUCAAACACAGUCAGCAGUGGAAUGGACCCCUUCCACGCUUGCAGUAUUCUUCAGCAACUUAAAACAAUGUAUGAUGAAGGACAGUUGACAGAUAUUGUAGUGGAGGUGGAUCAUGGGAAAACAUUCUCCUGUCAUAGGAAUGUUCUUGCUGCAAUCAGUCCUUAUUUCAGAUCUAUGUUCACUAGUGGCCUUACAGAGAGUACACAGAAAGAAGUUCGUAUAGUCGGCGUUGAAGCAGAGUCGAUGCAUUUAGUACUGAACUAUGCAUAUACCUCGAGAGUAAUGCUGACAGAGGCCAAUGUUCAAGCUUUGUUCACUGCAGCUAGUAUCUUCCAGAUCCCUUCCAUACAAGAUCAGUGUGCUAAAUAUAUGAUAAGUCAUUUGGACCCACAAAACUCUAUUGGAGUGUUUAUCUUUGCUGAUCAUUAUGGUCAUCAAGAACUCAAACACAGAUCACAAGACUACAUUCGUAAAAAGUUUCUGAGUGUCACCAAAGAGCAAGAGUUUCUCCAGCUGAGAAAAGACCAACUGAUAAGUAUACUGGACAGUGAUGACUUAAAUGUAGACAAAGAAGAGCAUGUUUAUGACAGCAUUAUAAGGUGGUUUGAACAUGAGCGAAAUAAAAGAGAAGUGCACCUUCCAGAAAUAUUUGCCAAAUGCAUCCGUAUGCCUCUGUUGGACGAGACAUUUUUAGAGAAAAUCCCUCCCAUGUUUGCACAGGCUAUAGCCAAAAGCUGUGUACAAAAGGGACAACCUAGUGCCAAUGGCUACACGCAACGGCUUGGAAUGACUGCAUCUGAAAUGAUCAUAUGCUUUGAUGCUGCCCACAAACACUCAGGAAAGAAGCAAACAGUGCCUUGUUUAGAUUCGGUCACAGGGAGAGUGUUUAAACUAUGCAAACCACCAAAUGACCUGAGGGAGGUUGGAAUUCUUGUAUCACCUGAUAAUGAUAUUUACAUUGCAGGGGGUUACAGGCCAAGCAGCAGUGAGAUCUCCAUAGACCACAGAGCAGAGAGUGACUUUUGGAUGUAUGAUCACUCUGGCAAUAGAUGGAUACCUAAACCUCCUUUGUUGCGAGCCAGAAUAGGCUGCAAGUUGGUUCAUUGCUGUGGUAAACUGUAUGCAAUAGGUGGUUGUGUUUAUGAAGGAGAUGGGCGAAACUCACUAAAGUCUGUGGAAUGUUAUGACAGCAGAGAGAACUGUUGGACAGCUGUCUGUCCAAUGCCUGUAGCAAUGGAGUUUCAUAGCGCUGUGGAGUAUAAAGAUAACAUCUAUGUUUUACAGGGAGAAUUUUUCCUCUGCUAUGAUCCUCAGAAAGAUUAUUGGGGCUUUUUAACCCCAAUGACUGUGCCUAGAAUCCAAGGCUUGGCAGCUGUAUACCAUGACUCCAUCUACUACAUAGCUGGAACCUGUGGAAAUCAUCAGCGUAUGUUUACCGUAGAGGCCUAUGAUAUUGAACAAAAUAAGUGGACUCGAAAAAAAGACUUCCCAUGUGAUCAGUCUAUUAAUCCAUACAUUAAACUUGUGCUUCUCAAAAAUAAACUCCAUUUGUUUGUCAGAGCUACUCAAGUCACUGUUGAAGAACACGUUUUCAGAACCAGCAGGAAGAAUUCACUAUAUCAAUACGAUGAGGUUACUGACCAGUGGCAGAAGGUGUACGAGACUCCAGAUAGGCUCUGGGAUUUAGGCCGGCAUUUUGAAUGUGUUGUUGCUAAAUUGUAUCCACAGUGUCUUCAGAAAGUUCUUUAAUUUUAUUUGGUAACAGGCCUUAGUGAUUUCAGUGGUAUCUGAUGCUAGAGAAAACAUGUCUUAAAAGAAAACAAAGACGUUCUGUCAGUAUUUCAUGUGAGCUGAAACAGACAGUUUUUUUGUAUAUGGGGAUGGGUGCUCUUUAAAGGUUGCAGUCUGGGGAGGGAAUUCAUUCAAGUGUCAUACUUGCUGAUAUUUUCCUGGGAAAUGAAAAGGAGGUUACAAAGUGCAAUUAUCAGCAUUUUUUCUGGUAAACACUUAAUCAUGUCAUUCUAGAGGGGUGUUAUAGUAAUAAAGGCAAACUAAAAAUAGAAGAGCCAGGAUAACUAUGCACUACAGUGAAAGAAAAUCUAGCAUUAAUAGCUAAGGAUGUCCAAGCUAUUUUGAAGUGACUUUUUUUUUUUUUUUCAAUACGGGUAAAAUCUGAGGCAAUAUCACUAAGUCUUUAUUUUAGAUUGACAGAAAAGAGAGAGAGAAGAAUACCAGAUCCUGAUUCAUAAUUAUCUUUUUUUUUGUACUGCUUUGAAGUCUAUUAAAAUGUUCAUAAUGUUGUCUGUGCACUACAAUAGUUUGAGAGAAAUAUUGAAGUCUGAAGCAGAACAUAAAGUAUCUGCCCAAAAAACAGAAGACCUGUUUUGGAUUACUGUACCAUUUUCCUAACUGUGGGUUUUUGUUAAAAUCAAGCUAAUGGUAUAAAAAUAGCUAUCUUCUGCCAAUUAAAUGUAGUGCUUGAAAAGGGUUUUUACAUUGCUUAAGCAUUGUUCAUCCCUUUAAGGGCUUUAACCCCAAAGUUGAUGGUGCUAGUAUAUUUUUAAUACUUGUAUGUCUGAAAUGGGCUAACUCUCCACUGCUCUUUAAGACAACCUGCUGUUAAUGGAAACAGUCUUCUUGGAGUCCUGUCCUGCAAACGUGUGUCCUCUUUUUACUUACAUUUUCACUGCAGUGGAAGGUCUUGCAGUGUGAUGACAGGAUAUGACCUUUUUGGCUUUUUGGAGAGCUCAUUCUGCCUCUUGUAAAGUAUAGAGCUAUGUGCAGUGUUUGCACAUGCUCUGAUAAUGCUGAGAAGUCUGAGUUAAUUUUAUCAUUCUUUUCUCCCUGCCCAAUCUUCCCAGUCACUUUUUACUGUUCUGUUAUGACCUGUAAUGUGAAAAUUUGCACUACUGAGCUGUCUUUGUGAUUCAGUUUAUUAAAACAAAAUUGACAGUAGAUAUCCAUAGUUUAAAGGAAUCUUAGAUGCAGGUAUAGAAUAUUAUCACAUUUGUUCUAUGUAUGGAACAUCUAACUUAUUUUUUUAAUGGGUAACUAGGUUUAAAGUUUAGCCUCUAUGUCAGUAGUGAAAACUGGAUAUAAAAGGGAAAAGGUUAAUCCUAGAGCUCAUAUCACUAUAUAUUUCAGGUUUAAUUUGUUACAGAGCUUAUUCUCUCCACAACUACAUGUGGUUUGUCGUCUUAGAUAGAUAUUUAACUAAAUUUAAUUUCUCAGAUUAAAAUAAUGGUCAGCCCUUGCUAUAAAUGCUUACCAUUAUCUGGCUUAAGAGCUGAUAUUUCAAUAAGCCAAAUAUGUAGCUCAGUAGUAGUUUAUCCCCUGGCAUGCCUAAGAGAACAUUGAUUCAGUGUGUGGUCUAGUUAUCCCCCAAUAGGGUUUUCCUUACUUAAGGAAACAUUCAUCUGGUUUUGAAUCUUAAAUCUUGCACAAAAAUAUUUAACAAUAAAAAAAUUUAAAGAAACUGUGAAACUAAAAGAAAAAAAAAAUGCCUCUCUGCAUUACAUACCUCAUCUUCCAGAGAUACACCAAACUUUUUUUUAGGUGUGGGUGCUGGAAUUUCCCUGAAACGAAGUUUGUUUGACAGCAUUUGCUAAGAUUGCAUUUUUAAAUAAUCUUGAGGUGUGUGGUUUCUUGUUAUGUUUAGUAUUUUUCAGGAUAGUACUUUAUCCACAGCCAACAAUAAGCAUUUUUUUUUGGUACAACUACUUUAUUUUCUAAAUCUUCUCUUUAGAGUAGCUAGCUCUAUUUGAGCUGUUGUACACCUCUAGCUGCAAGCUUUCUGAAGCACCCUCCCUCACAGUGUUGCAUUAGUGUGUAAAACCAACUUUUUUGCGAAGUGUUAUGUAAAAUUUUCUUGUUUUUAAAGCUUGGUUGAAUAUUUACAAGAUUUCUUGCUGCUUUUUGACAAUCUUCUAUAUUUAUUUAGUAGAACAAAUUUCAAUAUAUUACUUGAAAAUAUGAAAUAGAACUGAGUUAGCAAUUGACUGGUCAUGUGAUGUCUAGAAGUACAAUAUGCUGUGGUUAAUUCUGCAGUAGGUUUGUUAAUUUUGUUUAUCUGCACUAAAAUAUGAGGAUCUCCAUUGUGUUUAACCAUUCAAACUAAGGGUGUGGUCUAAGACAGUAAUGUGUUUAAAAGCUAAAACCUGGAACUUGUCAAGGGAGUAGACUAUGUUGAAUCUUUUGCAUGAAUAAUUUGUUGAAACUAACAUAGCUGUGAUAUUUUGCCACUUCUUAAAUGCUUUAAAAAUUUUGGAAAGUCAGAUUCCUCGUCAGCUGUGCUUUAAAAUCAGACUUUUAAGAGUCAGUUUGCACAAUGUGAGAACAAUUAAUUAACACUGCACCAAGGGUAUUAGUAAUUACACAGAGCUCUGUACGUUUUCUCUGCCUGUGUGAUCCCUCUGCUCUGGGUUAGGCUCUGCCUUUAUUAAAUUGACAAAAUAUAAAGGACCAAGUAAGUGGAAAUCUUCCUCCCAAAAAAUCUCAUCAGAAUUAUUUUGGAAGAAACUUAAUUGUUAACCCCCGUUUUAUUCUAAAUGUUAUUGCUGAUUUAAUAGCUAAAAGUGAUCCUGGUGCAUCAGACGUAGUGUGCGUGUGUUCUGCAAGAAAUGUAAGAGCUCCCUGUUUCUUAAGGCUGUUUAGAAAUGGCAUCCAACAUUCAGUGCUCAGGUAUGUUAGUAAGAAGUACUGUAGUCCUAUGACGGCAAAUGUGUGGAUUUUUAAACAUUUUGCCAUAAUUGCACAAUUUUGCAUUUUUACUUAAUGUCAUGUUACGUUUCUUAAAAUAAACCUAUUGUUGAAGUAUAAUGACUCCAGCCAUUUUUAAUACUGUCUUUUCUGAAUUGGGUAGAGCUAUAAGUGGAAAUUCACCCAGCAACUCUGGUUUGUUUGGGACAAGUAACUCUUUUGCUCUACAACCCAAAUGCCUACUGCACUGUGGGGAAGUCUCACAUUCCACUGUGAUGGAAAGCACUGGGACUUCCUUUCAUUGUUGCAUUCAUGCCUACUCCAAACACAGAGCCCGCAAGCCGAUCACCCAUUAACUCGCACAAACAGAGCUGGCUUUAAUAUUUUUUUCAGGGUUGAAAGGUCCCAGCACUUUUUCAGGACUGCUUCAUAUCAUGUCAAAUAAUGCUUUAGACUCCGGACAGCAGUUCCUAUUAAGGAUCACACAAAAGUGCCGCUUUUUAUUGAACCUGUAACCAUCCCUAUGAAUUAGGGAAGUAGUGGUGAAAGGGGGGCAAAGAGAGGUAAAGUCAUCCACUCAAGGCUUGUCAGGAUCUUUGAAUAUAAUUACAGCCUCUUGCCACACAGCCAGCAACUUUUGGUUAAACAUUUCUCACUAACUGCUUAUAGAGUAUGUUCUCCAGGUUUUCUGACUUUUUAAAAUAUUUUCACACUUCCCAUGCUUGCAAACCCAAUUUUCUCUGUCAAUGAAUGUCUUCUGACUCAGCAUUAAUGGGCUGGGUCUUUCACUGCCUAGGCAGGCAGCGCGAAGAGGUCAAUUUUGGAUGACCUUGUGCUGUCAGGCCUAUGCUCUGAUCUACAGUUCAGCGUGUUAAACCCCCUCUAUCAAGACUGAAUAGCCGUCAGCAGCUGCUGUAUGAAACCAUUUCUAGGUAUGAUACCCAUCCAAUAUGUUCCAAGUCCCUAAGCAUUACAUGACUUCCGGAGGGUUUUGGUCACUUGGCAUCAUUUAUUCUUUUUGCCCCCUCUGUCUGCGGUGUCCUUCCUCUUCAUCCUUGCAGCCCCCUGAUAGCACAUGCUGAGCAGUGUUAAUGUUUUUUUUUCCAUUCACAGACUUACCAACAGCAAUAAAAGACUCAGUCUUGAGAGGAGAAGCAAACUAUCUUCUGCCCUCUGCAGUGUAGCAUUUACUGCAGGAAUUUUUCUGCCAAAACCAGGAAUGCUUCUCUUUCAUGUCUAAGCUGAAAGAUGACUGAAGCAGCAUUGAGGAGGUAAGUGAAGUGGCAGGCCCCAUCUGCAUUUGUCUUGCAGAGAACUGAAUAGAUCAGUGAUGGAACUUAAAUUGCCCUCUUUCUUAAUGCUUGCCUUCACUUCCAGUGACCCACCUGAGGCCAGGACAUUGUGACCACCUGAAUUAGGCAGGCAGGCCCAAGUAGAACCAGCCCCAAGCUUUUCAAGCCACCUUCAGUUUCCUGGUAAGCACCAACCACUCCAGCCAACAACUAACAGUGCACAUAGUUGGCUGCAAAUAGCUGAUGUCCAUCUUUCAAGAGUUCGUGAAGUAUCUGGAUGACCCAAACUCUCACUUUUAUCCUUCCUACCAUCAAACAAAGGGGACAAAAUCUGAUUCUGGUCACUCAUAACUAAGAAUGGUUUCUAUACUGUCAUGUUAGAUGCAUGAAAUGUAAGCUGCUAAAAGACAAAAUGUUCUUGUGUGGUGCCAUAAAUAUUAAUGAGGACCACCCAAGGUAGCGUUACAUUGGAUAAAAACUGAAUGACUGCUGUAAAAAGCUUUUAAUAAAUGUCCUCUUAAUUUUUUUAUCCUAAUUUGAUUUCAUUUGUAUCCUGGUCAUGGCAGCAAUGCUUCUGUGAAGAGCUAAUUGUGUAGUAACCUCACAAGAAAAAUGCACUUUAUUUAUAAAUAAUAUUAAAUAACU